AUGUUCUAUGAUCUUAAGCAGGCAAUCCAGGUAUGUUUACUUUUAGAGCAAGAUAAAGUGGCCAAGGAUGGAGAUCCAAUGGAAGAAUAUACCAAGAUUUCCCGCACAAAUAUCUUCAAUAACAUUGAUGAUCACACACGUGCACACUACCAACGGAUGUUUAAAUACGUCAUGGAGCAUGCCCCUUAUCUUGGGAGUUUGAUCAGCAAGAAGAAAAAAUGUGAGGAGCUCACAAAUCUCAUUGAGGAUACCAGCUGUCUCAAGAGCUGCAUGGGCUCUUAUACUGCACCAGUCUCAGAUAAGGCCCUCGAUUGA